UGGAAGUCCUUGUCAAGUGUUUGUAUAUGUAGUCUAAAGUUCAUCGAAGCUAGUCCGUGUGAUAAAUUACACCGAUAAUCAACAUGUUGGUUAUACCAAAAGAUUACAUAGACAUGUAUGUGUGUGCACUACGGGUACUACUUUUAUUCCAUGUUGUCAAGUCCUCAUCUGAAUCUGGUGGUUUGGACUGCCCACCUUUUGAUGGCUCAAAGAUCUGGAUUGACGGUAAAUGUCAGUGUAAUACAACUGGAGGCUGUUACAAGCCCAGAAAGUAUGGAUUCUGUAUAAAGAUGAAGGAAUGUCCUCCCGGAUAUGAACCAAAUCAAGCCACUAAUGAAUGUUUUCCUUGUAAGCGGGAGUUCUUCUCUGCCACUAGAGAUUGCAUGCCAUGCAUUCCCCUAACACAAUGCAGGGAAAAUGAAUAUGAAUUACUGGCUGGGAACAGAUCGAUGGAUACUGUAUGCGAACAAAAAAUGGAUGAGAAAAGUAACACACCACAAACCACAUCUGAUAUUACAACACAAGGAACUGUGAUGCAAGAUGUGCCAGAAAUCACAAACGACAUGACUGUAAGCGGAAAGACUACUAAGACUACACUGCUACCUCCAACAGAUUACAGGGGUUCCGAAAGUGACCAUUUGUACAUAAUUUUGGGUCUCUGCAUACCAUUACUUGUAAUAUUGGCAUGUGCAUUUGCAGUAAUAUUCCAUGUACGACGUAAAAGACAAAAGCAAAGGCGAGAAAAGGACAGCGACAAAUCCUUGGCAAAUUCCGCUUUGUUACCUGACAGUGAUGAAAAUGGCAAUGUUUCAAGAAAGUCUGAUCCACCACCAUACACCUCCAAGGAUUACACCCCACUGCCCCCAUUCAGGGAAGGCAGUCUCUCCAGAUGCACAUCAGAGACAGAUGUUAAGAGACCAUUACCAUCACUAGAUCUGUCCGAGGCUCCGCCACUUACUUUUAAGUCAGCCGAUUCUUCAUUUGGGCCUAUCAGAAUCCCUCCGAAUGAUCACUUUGAAUUACCGUCAGAUAAACCUGCAUAG